UUUGGCACAACGUGCCAUGUUUCUGUGACUCUGUCCACUGGUUGCUCUUGUCUCUAUAUAAAAAAGUUCCUCUUCCAAUUUCUUCAAAUCAAAACAGUUUACUUCAACAAGUUGCCUUGUGAUCUUGUCUCUGCAAAAACAUGACUGGUCUCUCCAAUGGCCACGCUUCUUCCUUCUUCAAGAUGCCCCCAAUCAAAUUCACCAAGCUCUUCAUCAAUGGAGAAUUUGUUGAUUCCCUUUCAGGAAGGGAGUUCGAAACAAUAGAUCCGAGAACCGAAGAAGUGAUUGCGACAAUAGCAGAGGGAGCAAAAGAAGACAUUGAUGCUGCUGUGAAGGCGGCACGUGUCGCUUUCGACCAUGGUCCAUGGCCUCGCAUGCCCGGCGCUGAAAGAGCAAAAAUUAUGAUGAAAUGGGCAAACCUUAUUGAUGAGAACAUAGAAGAAAUAGCAGCAUUAGAUGCCAUUGAUGGAGGAAAGUUGUACAAUUGGUGCAAGGCUGUUGACAUUCCUGCGGCAGCAGAUACCAUACGUUACUAUGCUGGUGCUGCUGAUAAAAUUCAUGGAGAGGUCUUAAAACCCUCUAGAGAGUUGCAUGCGUAUACUUUAAUGGAACCAAUUGGUGUUGUGGGACACAUUAUUCCUUGGAAUUUCCCAAGUACUAUGUUUGUUGCCAAGGUUGGUCCUUCCUUGGCUGCUGGUUGCACUAUGGUCCUCAAGCCUGCUGAACAAACACCUCUCUCAGCUUUGUUUUAUGCUCAUUUGGCUAAGCUGGCUGGAAUUCCAGAUGGAGUACUCAAUGUGGUACCUGGAUUUGGCCCAACUGCAGGUGCUGCAAUAAGCUCACACAUGGACAUUGAUAAGGUCAGCUUUACUGGUUCGACAGAAGUAGGACGUGAAAUAAUGCGUGCUGCAGCUAGUAGCAAUUUGAAACCAGUUUCACUUGAAUUAGGAGGCAAAUCACCCCUUUUAGUUUUUGAUGAUGCUGAUGUAGAUAAAGCUGCUGAGCUUGCUCUAUUGGGUAUCGUAUUUAAUAAGGGAGAAAUAUGUGUUGCUGGUUCCCGUGUGUUAGUUCAGGAAGGAAUCUACGAUGAAUUUGAGAAGAAGUUGGUGGAGAAAGCAAAAGCUUGGGUGGUUGGGGAUCCUUUUAAUCCUAACUCUCAACAAGGGCCUCAGGUUGAUAAAAAGCAAUUUGAGAAGAUACUUUCCUAUGUUGAGCACGGAAAGAGAGAAGGUGCCACCCUUUUGACAGGAGGUAAAAGAGUGGGUCACAAGGGUUACUACAUUGAGCCCACAAUUUUCUCUAAUGUGAAGGAGGACAUGCUUAUAGUACAGGAUGAAAUAUUUGGCCCUGUCAUGGCACUAAUGAAGUUUAAGAAUAUUGAGGAUGCAAUUAAGAGUGCCAACAAUACAAGAUAUGGCCUAGCAGCAGGCAUUGUGACCAAGAGCUUGGAUACAGCAAACACAGUGUCAAGGUCCAUUCGUGCAGGCAUUGUUUGGAUCAAUUGCUACUUUGCCUUUGGCAAUGACAUUCCUUAUGGAGGGUACAAAAUGAGUGGAUUUGAAAGAGAUUUUGGAUUGGAAGCUCUACAUAAGUAUCUACAAGUUAAAUCUGUUGUAACUCCUAUUUACAAUUCUCCCUGGCUUUGAAAAUUUUCUGUGGGUUGUGUGUGUAUGAACAAUAAUAGUGAGUGAUAUAGGUGCUUUUACAUAUAUACUUCAUUAAAGCAAUAAAAUUGGAGCAUUUUAUAUUACAU